AUCAACAGGACUGUGCCUCUCAGGUGUCUAGAAGAAAAGUAUGGCGUAACUCCAGACCGACAAAAAGAGCAAAGUAUCCCUGAAGGAAAAACACAAACUGUAAAAAGACUGAGUCUUGGUAUACCCAGCAUGCAGUCCCAGGAGCAGAGCAUACCUAGAGGAAAUCUUUUGAGAAACAAAGAAAAAAGUGGUAGCCAGCCAGCUAGUUUGGAUCACGUUCUGGAUAAGAGAUUCCCUCUUAAGACUCACCAGUCGGAGAGCUAUCUGCUGAUAGGUUCAAGACAUUCCUCUCGAUUACCUGAAGCAGAUGCUGACUCCUGCCCGAGCUCUGCUGCAUUUAGAACAGGCAGUGAACCUUCUUUAAGCCCCACGGUUGUUCAGAAAGUAACCUAUGAUUCACAAGUAGGAGAAGCUCUUAGAGGAUCAGACAGCCAGCUCUAUCCAAAGCCUCCACCUAAACCCAGCAAAGCAACCCUGCUGAAGGCCCCAGAUUCUCCUACAGCUUCCCUUAGCUCAGAAGGACACUAUUGUGAGCUAAGCCUUGCCAGAGAUUCUGCAGCAACAAAACAACAUUUAUGCCAGAAAAACAGCUAUGUGGAGCAUCUGACACAAAAGGAAAGGGGAACACAAUCCUUCAGGAAUUCUGAAACAAGUUAUUUGAUCCUGGAUGAUGGCCAUACAGCGAACUCUGCAGGUCCUUUAGAUGUUUCAACUGAGACGGCUGAAGAAAACAAUGUAUUUUCUGCACCUCUUUUUGAGACAUUGUCUAGUUUUAAACCAAAUGAUUUUGAAUCCAAACUACUUCCUUCUGAAAACAAGCCUUUGGAAACAUCAAUGCUAAGAAAAAUUAAGGAGAUUUUCACCAAGAAUAACCCAAAGGUUAUUGCACAGCAUAUUCUUAGAAUGGACUGCAAGGUGGCAAGGAUACUAGAAGUUUCUGAAGAGAUGAGGAGGAUUAUGGGAGUGAACUCUGGUCUUGAACUGAUUACUUUGCCUUAUGGACAUCAAUUGCGCCUGGACCUAAUUGAAAGGCACAAUACCAUGGCAAUAGGAAUAGCUGUGGAUAUCUUAGGUUGCACAGGAAACCUGGAAGACAGAGCUGCAACAUUAAACAAGAUCAUCCAAGUUGCAGUGGAGCUGAAGGACUCACUGGGGGAUUUGUAUGCAUUUUCUGCCAUUAUGAAAGCACUGGAAAUGCCACAGGUCACCAGGUUAGAACAAACGUGGACCUCUUUAAGACAUCAUUACACCCAGACUGCCAUCAUGUAUGAAAAACAGCUGAAGCCAUUCAGCAAAGCUUUGCAUGAAGGACAAGAGAUGGUCAGUGUUCCACAGAACCUAACGUUGCCACUGCUGAUGCCUCUAGUUACCUUGAUGGAGCGACAAGCUGUCAUUUUUGAAGGAAUGGAUCUGUGGGAAAGCAGUGACCAAAGCUGUGAAAUAAUGUUCAAGCACUUGACCACAGCUCGUCAGAUAGCACAGAAUGCAGAAAUGUACAGCUUGACUGCACAACGGAUGCUAGAAGGUUUCCAGCCAGAUGAAGAGAUGAGUGAAAUCUUCAAGACAGAAUUUCAAAUGAGAUUGCUCUGGGGCAGCAAAGGAGCACAAGUUAAUCAGAAUGAAAGAUAUGAGAAGUUCAGCCAGAUUUUAACUGCACUUUCCCGAAAACUGGAACCUCCUCCAGUGAAGCAGACAGCAUGUGAAGCACUUUAAUUUUUGCUGGAGGCUGGGCAGCUAUGCUGCCAGGAAAUGAAUGAUGAAAUGGCAAGAACAAACAACCUAGGUAAUUAAAAUACUUUCGUAUAUGAGUAAAGGUGGGUGUACGUAUAUAUUAAAACUAACUUCACAUUCUGAGGUGAAUCACAAUAAGCAAUACUUACAUUUUUUUUCUUGAAGAGUUACUUCAGAUUUCAUAGAUAAUCAGAGUGCAUAAUGUUAAUGUUAAGAAGGCUUCAUCAGCAAAUAUUAUAUUGCCAUGUACAGACUUGAUGUAUAAGCAUUCUCAGAAAUUGUAUAAAUAUUUAGGCAAAAACUGUAGUUACAGAGUUGCAUUUGUUCACUGUGAGUAAGCCUGUUUCUGGAGUAAGAUGUUACAGAGUUUGAAAGUACUAGAAUAGGGUAAAUAGGUAAAUGAGCAAACCAACCAGUACCAGAAUGGUGGCAAUCCACUUCCCCUUUAGCUACAGUCACUGCAGAGGUACUACAACCAUACCAUGAGGUAACAGAGCUCCUGUUUAAGUUGUCACACUGCCAAGUCUCCCUAUCAAUGUUAAGAAAAAGGUUGAAGCUAUUUUUUUAAACCAUGAAAAGAUUUUUUUAUUCCAUGAAAAUAUUCUCAACAGAGAACACUAUCUUUAAACAAAGCAUUUAACAUUUAGGAAAUCAACAUGUGCACAAAAAGAAGGUUAAAAAUUACUGGAAAAGGCAAGUCUUUUAGACACCUCACAUUCAGAAUUUUAGAAUAAGUGAUUUAUAACUAGCUAUGCAAGGACAGAUGUAUUUUUUCCUAUGUUUAAUAACCCUCCCACAAGUUGCACUAUCCGUAGUGAAAGCAACCUGCCUUCAAUGGAAGCAAAUCCUGGUUUUAAAAGAACAGUAGUGUAAAUAGAACAUUUUGUCCUUUCUCAGGAAGUGUUAUUACUGACCUGUAUGGCUGUUAGCCAGGCAAACCACAGGCGCUUUAGCAGAAAAUACACAGAUCACAUUUCUUCCUUUCCUCUAGUUUUAAAAUGAAAAAAAGUACUAUUAAAAAAAAAAACUAUGUAAAUAGUUUUGUCAGUAUUGAGUAUUGUCACAUUAUAAUAUAAAUAACCCUGUAUACAAGCUCAAAAAAUCUAAACUUUAGCAUUUAAUAGCCCCCAUAAUAUACUAGGUCAAGCUGUGUAAUAAUGGUAUAAAAUGAAUAAACCUCUACACAAGUCACUCAAAUUCAGUUUUACUGGUAGUACAGUUCCUAAUAACACUGAAAUUAAAAAGAAUCCAGCACUUCUGCAUCCAAAUAUUGCUUCAGACCCCACAAAAACAGGAUGUUUUGAUUAUUGUUUCCCAAACAGCAGUUGGCUGGGUUGACAAGCUUUGUUUGAUGCAAAUAUCCCCCCCCGCCCAAAAUCUCUAAUCUAAUUAUUAUCACCCUAGUAGAUCAGAUAUGAUGUAUUUAUUAAUAGAACCACAAAUGGGAGGCAAGACAACAUAAGCAACAGGGGCACUGCAGACAACUAUAUUUACACGUAUAAACAUAUCCAAAUUUCAAUUGUUUACAAGUAAAAGUGCACAUAGAUCAUUACAAGUAUCACUCAAAUUUCAACUGGUCCAUACAAUGAAGCAUCACCUAGAAACAGACUAGCACUGCAGUAAUUUAAUUAAAAUUGGAACUUCAUAGUCAAAAAACUAAAAGAGUUUCCAUAAAAAUAGUUUUAAAAAUAUUAAAAUCAAAUUAAGAGAUACACAUCCCAAUGUAUAAAAUUCAUGAUGCACCAUGUAUCCUGUAAAGUAGAGCUCUACAAAACACCUACCAUGUCUACCUCAGCAGCUGCAGCACUGUGGAAAGAGCUGAGACACAAAGCCCUUUGUGAGAUACUGUAAGUGGUAGUGUUGGCAACAACAGAUUUAGGCACUAUAGUUUAAGGCAGCAGUAGAAUGGCAAGUGGUUGACUUCUGAAAACAGUCAUUAGCUCGCAGUGGUGAAUCUCUCUGGUGGUGUUCCAGGUUUUCAGUGCUGACAGUAGGUUACUGAAGUGCUGAAGAUGGACCACAGAUCUAGCAGUUUCUCUUGACUGCACUGUAGGUUAGAGCUGGGAUGUAUCUUUUCCCCGAAUCAACAUAACAUAAAUACAUUACGGUCUCUUACCGGUUAUGCUAAAAACUGGAAUGUAAUGAUGGUUGUAGUGGAAAAGUUAUAGCAGCAUACAUGGAUACUGGAUGAAACUCUAGUACUGAAGGUAUUUAAAGAGAAUGAUUUGUUACAAAAUAAGAGAAGCAAUGAUGUCAAACAAGCGUUAUGCAGAUAUGCCUGACUGUCCUAGGCAUGCAAGAGGAGGUUAAGGGCGAGCAUGGAGGUGGUGCAGGCAGACUGGUAGCUAACAUGGUUCUAAAUGACUGCCAUUUAAAAUGAGUAGGAAAGAGUAUAACCAAACCAACCAGAAUGUAGCACGAGCUAAAAUAUAGUUUGGGCCUCUCUGACCACCUAUGACAAUGAAAAUAAUGCAAUUUUAGGAAGAGAUGCCUUUUUACUCUGAUAAUGGAAUCCUAUUUUCCUGCACAAAUUUAAGAAUUUGUAAUACAUCCUUAGUUACGUAUGGAAAUGCUAAGAAUGUUAGUGACUAAAUGUAUGUCUGCAUGCAUACAUGCAACUAGCUUUACCCCUUGUUCAAUGGGCAUCCCAGUCUAACACCUCCCUCCCACCCCCCGCCCCAAGCAGCUGCAUGUAACCUCCUUCAAGAUCUCGCCCAUUUUCUCAGAAACCCGCUUCAGGAACCUGCAGUCCAAGAGGAAAAAGAAAAGAACAAAGUUACUGAAGGCCUUUAGAAGACAGGGAAGCGUGCUCAGUUCUAACAGGCCAUUCUCAGUGGCUAUACACUAGCCUUGUAUUACUCUCAUAAAUUCACAUUAGAAAUACCAGCAAUAGUUUCUAGAUGAAAUCAAGUAGUGCAAUGCAGUUUCCAAGCCUCAGUGAUUUAACAAUGAGGGGAACAGAAUUAGUUUAAAAAAAACCUUGACUUCAAACUAAACAUGAUAUAAUUCAAAGACAACUUACAGGCACAGAUUAAGAAUCUAAAAUCAUUCCCUCUUCAGGAGCAAAUGGAGGUUAAAGUUGAGUAAAAUACCAAGAAUUAAUUAAAUGUGGCUUUUGGUGGUGUUGGAUUUUUUUUUUGGUUCAAGGUGUCUAUAGUUAAAACAAUGCAGUUGUGUCCCAUACACAACGUUCUACAUGAGAACUACAGCAAGGGAAGGAGAGGCAGGUCAGUGGACCUUCUGUCCUUUUUAAUCACACUGUUUCUUCCUGAGUAAUUUUGUUGAGCUUUUUGAUUCAGAAAAGAUCUUCCUGUUUAAAAAAUGAAAGAUGCCAAGUAUUUGCUAAGGAAGGAAAUUAAUAAUUUUCAGUUAACUGAAUUCAGUUAGAAGAGGAUAAAACACUUGUUUUAAGCAUAUAGUUUUAAGUCAGGGAAGUGAACAGUAUAUCUUAGAGGUCGUCAAAACUUAAGUAAUUUUUCAGUUCUCUGUAAAGACAAAGUAUUAUACAGAACAAGCAGGAAUCGGGGUCUUUCUCCAUUUUAUAGCUGAAUUGGAUUUAGUGCUUUGUAGUGCAGGAACAUUUUAUCAGUGAAACAAAGCAGAAAGCAUUAGCCAGAAUUAUGGACCAAUUUAAUGCUGUUAUCUCUACAAAAGCUACAGCAAACUCACAUUGCAAACAAUAGACCAUUCCUGACCUCUGUUAUUCUCAUGCUUUCCAUGAACCUGCCUUACUAUUUUUCCACUAUUUUCCCUGGAAAACGUACAUUUGAAAGUUGCCAAUGUACUGUUAGAUAUAGGUUACUGCACCUUUGCUGUUUUUCUCUAGCGUUACAUCUAUAUAAGAUGUUGGUACAUAGCCUUCCUCUCCAUUUUGUCUUCGAGCUCUUGUCCACCCAUCUCCUUUGUCCUCCUCAAUAAUGUACAAAAUUUCCCCUUCUUUCAUUGCCAGAGUGCCUUCAUUAUGACCUGGGAAAACAGAAGGCAAAGACGACAGAAUUUCAAGUUUUUUUCUCAGAAUGUAGCUUCCAGAUUACAUGUAAACAGAAAGUAUUAAAAAUCUGUGAAGCAAACAUAUGGUCAAACAGGCUGAGACAGACAAAAACCCAGUCCAAUCUCUGUAGUUGAAUAUUUGCCAAAGCAAAUUUGUGCUAACUUUUCUGAAGAAACAGUAGAGAAGUAGUGCUUAUGAAUUAAACUUAUUUCCACUGCUCUUAUGAGCAACUAGUUGCUCAUAAAAAUUUACAUUAUUUUACCUGAAUUCUCUGCAGCAAAACAUCCAUACCCUACAGUCAAAUUAUUUUUCAGUCAAGCAACCAUAGUAUAUGUUGUUAACCUUACCAUCAAAAGGAUAUAUUGCCUUGCAAUGCCCUAUAGCUGGUAAUGGAUCAUCAUCUUCAAACUCAUCAUCAAACUCAUUUGGAUGCGCAUGCUGCUGUGGUGGGCCUCGGACUUCCUGAUUUGCAUCAUCUGUGUAACUCCCUUCAGGGCUAUAAUGCAAGGAUCAUAGCAUGAGGAUUCUUCAGAGUGCUCAGCUCUGGAACUCUGAACAUAUAUACAUCAUAGGAAAGUACAAGACCGUGGAUAUUUCUUUGGGAAGGCAUGUUAACAGUUCUGGAAGCGAUCUUCUGAAAGUGUUUUGAUCUAACAACAAAGGCUUGGAGCAAAUUCUCUUACAAAACCAAAGAAAUCUAUCAUACCCGUCUUUGCAAAACAUGGAAAACAGGUCAGUGUAAUGUAAUGGAAGAAGACGGCAUUAAAAAGGUACUAUGAGCAGGUGUUACAAUUCAACUCUCAAUUUUCUACAUUACCAUAAUGAUCUAAGUGACCCCUAGAAUCUAGAACUAGUAAGAUUAUCCUUUGGAAGGACAUAAACUUUCAGAGGAUAAGGAGCAACCUAUUACCUUCUAUUAACUAUCAGAGAGAUAUACUGAUUCUAGCAUAGAUAUAAAAGCAGUAGAGAUAGAAUAGUGACCUCUCUCUGCCCUGUGUUACAAGGUGGUUGAUAUCACUGCUGUGUCGCCUGUCAGUUCUGGCCGCUACUUUUCCUUCAACUUCAGAGAGCCAGGCCUUGAAGAAAAGAAGACAAAUAUUGGUAUCAAGACGAAAGCUGAUUCUAAACUAGCAACUACAAUUUUAAAAAUGCACUCAAGUACAUAUUGUUUAGUUGUUGGUGUACAGCCAGAGUGACUGUGUUCACCUAUGAAGUCUUGAAAUUAAUUUAUAUGAAGCAUGAACAUAACCCCCUCUGCUUAGCCUAUACUCUGUACUAGUGUUAAGUAAUAGAGAAAAAAAAAUCUGUAACCACCUACAACUUGCAGAUUCAAUUCAUUCAUAAAUUCUUCUCAACAUCUUGCAUCUACAAUGAAGUACACUGUCAUUCCAGCUAGACUAACAUUUCUGAAAAUAGAGCACCCCACAGAAAAUUGUAUUGGGAGAAUUUGGUUUAAUCAAGUAGUUUCAUAGCUGAUAUGUAACCCAUAAGGCAAAGUACAAUAUUACCAUUCAUGUACAUUUUCUAAGAAAUUAUUUUAGAUUCUAACCUCAUUCUUGUGUAUUUCCAUCCGCAGACGGUCCAUGUUGCUCAUUGUCUCAGCUAAUUUUGGCUGUAAACUGCUUGGAUCACCCAUCUGGGGAUUUUUUUCAUAAACAUCUCUCAUCUUGAUGAGGGCAUCUCUAACAACAUAGAAAAUCCCACAAUAAUUAUAAAAAUUAUAUAUACCUCUACUGGUUCCUUAAAGCAAAAAUAAUGUUUACGUUUGAAAUCUUAGCCCAUGAUUAGAGUUCACAGGUACUAAACAAAGAUACUAUACUGAAGCAGGAGAAUGCAAUGGUAGCAGAAUCUACAUAUGGCAAAUCUUUGAUAAAAAAUGCUUUUAAUAGCUUAGAAUAACUUAUUCUCUCCUAAUUUUUGAAGUUUUUGGCUAAAGCAUAGGACUUAAACUAUGAUGCACUCACUUUUGGUCAGUUUCCUUCUGUAAUUCUCUGUUGAGUUCAUCAAUUCUCUGCUGAAGUUUCUUGCGUCUCUGUUCUGGAGGAAGGUGGCUGAAGUCUUCCAGUGCAGGGCCCUGAAAAAAUAAAUACUAUUAUGCAAGUAACACACACAUCUAGACAGCUGAACUGACAUACCCACACAUGAACGGUGUUCACUGGAAGCAAGAUGGACCCUCUUAGAACUCUACUUGACACACAGCUCUUUAAAAGACCACAACAGAAUGCGUGUUUUUGGUGCUAUCCUGUAGUCACUCAUUCAAGGUUCUUUCUACCUUCUGUAACAGCUGGCUCGGUGUUGCAAUUAAUAAUUUGUAGAUUAAGCACUAAUUAGUCUAAGAAGCUGAGCCAUGAAACUCCCUAUUUUAGCCACUGCCCCAAUGCAGAUGUAGCAAAACCAACAUUACUUACUGAACAUUUAUUUCAGUCAGAAGAAAAAUCUAACAUGUAUAUAGCACAUAUAUAAUUGAAUCUUUCCACGGACUGUGCUUUCAAUGGCUACUUGGAUGCUGUCAAAAAAAGAACACUGUCGUUUGGACCUUUGUUCCAAAAUACUAAUAAUAUAGUUCUCUUUCAGAAGUUCAUCAAUCUUGCUAGAAAACAUAUUAAAAGAAUCUCAAUUAGACUUACAAAGUUCUGACAGUAAAACCAGUUCACAGAGCAUAGAAUUUAUACAAUCAAACAAAACUUGCUUAUAUAUUCCAAGUAACCUUCUUAAUUAUAAAAAAGAAUAUUUCAAGGGAGGGAAAAAAAAACCUGCUAAUUCUCAUUUUUUAUUUUUAUUUUUUUAAACUUAAGGUCAAAUAUUAUUAUGAGCCCAAAUUUGCAAAGGUUUGAUUGCAAUCUUGUGCUAAGAUUAUAAAUAGUAUGGUGGAAUUGGCAAGUAAUAAUAAAGUAUGGGAGGAGAUUUUUACCAAUCAUAUGAAUUUGAUGUGCCAACUCCAUGAGUGACAGACACCUAAACUGCUUAUUAAGAAGGAAAUAUAGUACACAUACUGAUAACAAAGCUACAUUACUUUCUUACAAGUAUUUUUAGGUCAAGAAAACCUGCUUGCCGUUACAGAGACCCUCCACAGAUGUAAAAUGACCUGGACAGCAUUUCUUUUGACAAGAAGCAGCCUGAUAAACAAUACUGUCAAGAUUUUGAGACAAACAGCCUUAGGUCCAGAUGCAAUUCUGAGUUUCUAGAUUCCCCCAUCUUAAUGAUCUUCUUGUCCCUCAACUUCUUGGCUCUUCUCCACUUCUAAAAAUCCUAAUCUCUCUACUUUUUAAGAUGGAAAAACAGAC